AAUAUUUGCCCCCUGCGACAUGAAAAUAAAGUCAUGAGAAACGAUUUACCAAAGAAAUGUGAAUGGAAAGAGAAUGACUCCUGCAAUCGCCAUUUUGCUACUCCCAAAUCUCAAGACAAAUUUAUUGAUGGAAUAUUCUUCUUGCAUAUUUUUGUUAAAUAUAAGGUAUGGCUAGUAGGGCUGAAACAGAGGCCUCCAUAAAUAAUGAUCAUGGCUUACUUGCAAAACCAUUGCAUCUUCAAAGAUUAGAAAAUGCUGUUCGGUUGGAACCCUUUCUAGAUUACAUUCAAAAUGUCUUCAGUGAGUCUGCUAGUAGUGAUGCUGACAAUGCGGAUGACUUUAGUCGCUCUGAUUUUGAGUUGGAUGAAGACAUUUUUAAGGAGAAGUUUAAUUAUAGACAGGAGAGGAGAUGUGAUAGACUCAGAUUGUAUAAUUUCAGCAAAGUUAAGAAAAAUAGAAUGUGGCUAAAGGACAUUUUGCUUAGUGAUUCAUCUGAUAGUGAUGACAGUAGUGGCUCAAUCACUGAAGAAGAUCUUAGGGAUAUGUUGAAACUUCAUAAGCUUCAAAAAUCAGCUCAAGAUACGUUUCACAAAAAUACAGAUCUUCGACAAUAUCAAUACUAUGGAUCUGGUCUUUUAUCAAAUUGUGAUAAGUUUUAUGAACAUCAAAAACUUGUUCUAGGUUCCAAAAAACUGAAGGAAAAGAAAAAUGAAAAACGAAAAGCAAAAUUAAAGAAAAAGACUGAAGGGAGCAAGUCUGUAAAAGAAGAAUCAGAUGUCAUAACAAACAAUAAAAAAGCAGAAGCAAAGGGGCGUAAAAGUGAAGAUACUGGUGAUACUCCUGUUCAAAAACAGCACUCAAAGAAAAAAAAUUCUGUUUCUCAUGAAGCUGUCAUGAAUAUGAAAAGAAAAAGGCUAUAUGUUUCUAUAGGAAAGAAAGAAAUUGCUAGGGCCCAGAAACAGAUGUUUACUACACAUAAAGAAACACUAUCUACCGCAAAAAAGCUAGCCCAAGCUUGCCAAAGGGAAGUAAGAAAAUCAGUCUUAGUUUCCCAAAAACUUGUUAAAGAUGUCCCGGCCCGUGCUCGCCGCCUCACUAAAGAAAUGAUGCUGUAUUGGAAACGCUAUGAUAAAGUGGAAAAAGAACAUCGCAAAAGAGCUGAAAAAGAAGCUCAAGAGCAGUUACGUCUUGAUAUCGAACUCAGAGAGGCUAAGAGGCAGCAGAGGAAGCUCAAUUUUUUAAUCACCCAAACCGAAUUAUAUGCUCAUUUUAUGAGCCGAAAAAUGUCUUCCUCUUUGAAAGAUGCCCAAGAGGAGCAGAUUCUUAUGCAACUAGAUGAACCAAAAGUUGAUUCUGAUGUACCUUCAACUUCGAUUUUGAAAAGUGAUGAUGAAUAUAAUUCUGAAGAAAUGAAAUCUCUUGCUUUAAGAAAUGCAAGUGCUGCAUAUAAAUCACAUGUGGACAAGACUACUGCAUUUGAUUCUGUUAUGCCUCCAACAAAAAAAGAGAAUGUUGAUAUACUUAAUGAAUUGGAAGAAAAUUUUAAUCUUACUAACCCUGCUUUUGACAAUGAGGUAGAUCAUCCUCAGCCUCCCAUGCUUGUUGGAAAACUGAAAACUUAUCAGCUAAAAGGAAUGAAUUGGCUCUACAGUUUGUAUGAUAAGGGUAUCAAUGGUAUCUUAGCUGAUGAAAUGGGACUUGGGAAAACUGUGCAGACAAUAGCUUUUCUAGCAACAUUAAUUAAAGCUCAAGGGAUAUGGGGUCCAUUUCUGGUAAUAGCUCCAGCUUCUACAUUGCAUAAUUGGCAACAGGAAUUUGCAAAAUUCGUUCCUAAAUUUAAGGUUCUGCCCUAUUGGGGUAACACCAAUGAUCGUAAAAUUUUAAGAAAAUUCUGGAGUCAAAAAGAUCUGCACACAGAAAAUGCCUCAUUCCAUGUCUUAAUUACAAGUUACCAGCUAGUAGUGCAAGAUGUGAAGUAUUUCCAACGUAUCAAGUGGCAAUACAUGGUCUUGGAUGAGGCUCAAGCUAUCAAAAGUACAUCUAGUGUUCGCUGGAAAAUUCUUUUAGGAUUUAACUGUCGAAAUAGACUGCUUUUAACCGGUACUCCUAUUCAAAAUAGCAUGGCUGAACUUUGGGCAUUGUUGCAUUUUAUAAUGCCUACACUGUUUGAUUCACAUGAAGAAUUCAAUGAAUGGUUUUCUAAAGACAUAGAAAGUCAUGCUGAGAAUAAGUCUAUGAUAGAUGAAAAACAUCUUUCAAGACUGCAUAAAAUAUUGAAACCCUUUAUGCUGCGAAGAGUGAAAAAAGAUGUGGAAAAUGAACUCUCUGAUAAGAUUGAAAUACUUGUAUACUGCCCUUUAACACAAAGACAGAAACAAUUGUAUCAGAAUUUAAGAAAGAAGAUAACUAUAGAUGAUUUAAUGCAGUCAUCAUCUACUUUGUCAUCUAGUUCUCAAUCUGCCACAUCUCAUCUGAUGAAUUUGGUGAUGCAGUUCAGGAAAGUGUGUAAUCAUCCUGAUUUGUUUGAGAAACGAGAAGUAAAAUCUCCGUUCGCCAUGAAAUCAUUUUCAUAUCAUAUUCCUAAACUACUUUUUAGAGAAGGUCUUCUGUUCUUAAAUAACUUAGAAAAGCAAAAACUAGCAUUAAAUACUCUUGGAAUCUUCAGUGCAUUUUAUCUUCAUAGUUCUUUAUUCCCCACAGAUUCUACUGAAUGUUAUGAGCUAAAAGAUUGUUCCUUCUCCUUUAUGCGUUUCAUUGGUUUGUCUACUGCUGAAAUUUCGCAGAUGUUUCUCUCUGGUCUUUUAUCAAGGUGUGUUUUGGCUUAUUUAAUGUGGAAAUCAGCAUAUAGGAUACACCAUAACAAAAUCUGGAAUCACUGUUCAAAUUCUAAAUUUUUACGAAGGGAGGAUUUAGUUCUAUACCCAAAUUUUCCUGACUAUUCAUUUAGACUUUCUGACAGUGCCUCAACACCACUUGUAUUUACCAGUAAUGUAAAUAACGUGUAUGGAUUUAAAAAUCACUAUAUAACACCUGUGAAAACUGUAUAUAGAGAAAAAGCUAACUGUGAUCUAGCUCCACUGGAACAGCAAAAUACAGAUCAGACGUCUUCUGGUUGCUGUGUUAGAGAGCUUCAAAUGUCUAGUCCUCCUGCAUUUUUGACUAAUUUAUCUUCUAAGGUUAUAGCUGAAGCAGUUACUGUCUACUCGUCAGAUCGUAGUGCAGAGUGGUGGUUUAGCAGAAAUAAAUUGUGUGGAUCUGUACAGGCUUUAAGGACAAUUUUAUAUGGAUCUCCUGAUUUAACAGCUGUAAAAGUAAAAAUGCAAUCUGUGAUGUUUCACCCUCCACCCCUUGGAGGUAUUAAUGCAAUCAGAUUACAGAAUGGCUGGUCUAAAAUAAUCAUUGCUGAUAAAGAGACUCUUGUAACAGAUUCUGGUAAACUUCAAGUUCUUGACAAUUUGCUGACUCGUCUGAAAGCUGACAGUCAUAGAGUUCUGAUUUAUUCGCAGAUGACUCGAAUGAUUGAUAUUCUUGAGGUAAUAUUUUAUGAUAGUGAUUGGAACCCCACUGUUGAUCAGCAAGCUAUGGAUCGUGCUCAUCGUUUGGGUCAAACUAAGCAGGUUACGGUUUAUCGUUUAGUUUGCCAAGGUUCAAUUGAAGAAAGGAUAUUGCAAAGAGCGAGGGAGAAAUCUGAGAUUCAAAGAAUGGUUAUAAGUGGUGGAAAUUUUAAACCUGAUACACUGAAACCUAAAGAAGUUGUUUCGCUUCUUUUAGAUGAUGAUGAAUUAGAAAAGAAAUUUAGAUUAAGACAAGAGGAAAGGAAGCAAUUAGAAAAAAUUAAUCUGGAAAAGAAACGCAAGCCAGAUUCAUUUGGUGAAAGUAAAAGAGGGCGAAAGAAGAAAAGGGAUGAAGGGCUACAUACACCGACAAAUGCAUUUAUAAAGUCAGAACCUAUUCAAGAUGGAGAUUCACUGCAAAGUAUGGAUUCGAUUCCUCCUAGUCCUUACAGUGAGCAUUCUAUUAGUGGUAAUCCUCCAGCCUAUGAAGACACUAGCAGUGAAGGUACUUUGGUAGUUGAUGACAGUAGUCCCUCUAGUACUCCUGUAGCUUUUUCCAUGCAGUUAUUUGGUAAUGGCAAUUAUGAUGAAAAUACUGGUUCUCUGAAAAAGAGGGGAAGUGGUCGAGGUAGGGGUAGGCCUAGAGGCUCUGGUCGUGGUAGGGGGAAUGGUAGAGGAAGAGGUGGAGUUCUUUCAGCUGCAGCUGCUGAAUUAGCUGGUGCUCAAGCAGGAAAAUCUGCAGCGUUAGCAGCCUUCUCAUACACAGCUUCUAAUUCAAAACCAAUUACAGCUGAAAAGAGUCCAGUUUUUAGAGGACAAAGAACUGGAGCAAGAGCAUUUUCAUCUAAAUAUCUAGCAGCACCAAGAGGCAGGGGAACUCUGAAAGUGAACUCCUCACCUUUACCCACUCAGUCUAUAUCAUUAGGAUUUUACAUGCCUGGACCUCAAUUACAAGGACCGUAGCAGCAAUCAUAUCUAGUGUUUUCAAACCAAAUUUUUUUAAGUUAUUGUUAUUGCUCAUCAAAUCAUCUAUCACCAUUGUUAUCCCAUAAUACCAUGCAUACAGUAUAUGAAAUUAUCUUGUUGUAAAAAGCUGUUUUUAUUGUAGAUACUUGUACAGAGAAAAAAAAAAUUAUUUAUAAAAACUAAAAUGUAUGGAUUAAAUUGUUGUUUUUCCCCUCGUGAAAUUCUGCAUUUCAAUAAACCAAAACUAUUUUGUUUCUCUUA